AUGAGCAUAGCUAUAGAUCUAUUAGCCUGUGUGUCUUCCUUCAUUUACUACAGAGUUGAUGUUCCAUAUAAAAGCUCAGAUUUGAACAUUGGCAGCGAAGGUGUGGAUAUAGUGUUUUCCAGUAGUGACAUAAAAGUGAGAUGGAACACACUGGAUUCUUUUCAGGUGGCGUUACCUGACAGAUACAAAAAUAAAACAUGUGGCUUAUGUGGAGACUAUAAUGGCUUCAAAAAUUACAAUGAGGGUUUCAAAGAUGAGGACCAGGAAAGUAUAGAAGACUUUUUGGCCAAAAACUCUGUAGAAAUUCCUGGAGAAGUUUGUGAGCAAAGCAGCUCCCCAAUUUUACCAAACUGCAAAAAUGCUAAUAAAGCAUGUGCAAUACUGCACAGUCCUGAACUGUCUGACUGUGCUGCACACUACGAUUUAAAUCCCUACCUACAGAUCUGUGAAAGUGACAGCUGUACUUGUAACAGUAGUGAGAGUCAGGCUGUGUUUUGCAUCUGUAGCACCUUGUCUGAAUUUUCCAAACAGUGCGCCAAUGCUAAUGGAAAGCCAGAAAACUGGAGGAGCCCACAAAUGUGUGGACUAAAAUGCCCACGAACCAUGGAAUAUAAAGAAUGCGGUUCAGCUUGUGAGAAGACCUGCAGCAAUCAAGAGCCGCUGGCUUGUAUAAAAAAAUGUGUCACUGGUUGCUUUUGUCCCAAUGGCACUGUGUUUGAUGACAUCAGAGAUAAAGGAUGUAUUCCACCAUCUGAAUGCUUUUGCAAGUACUCAGGAAACAUCUAUCGUUCAGGGGAAACAUUGGAUCUUCCAUGUGAAAACUGCACCUGCUUUAAGGGAAUGUGGAGAUGUACUCGUAAACCUUGUCUAGGUUCCUGUGCAGUAGAAGGUGGAUCACAUAUCACAACUUUUGAUCAGAGAGUUUACAAUUUUCAUGGGGACUGUUCCUAUAUCCUCACUCAGCUGUGUUCAGUAUCCUUAUUUACUGUCCAUGGAGAAAUCAAGUCAUGUAAUCUGAAUGAGUUUGAGACUUGUCUAUCAAAAAUCAUUCUGAUCAUUAGGAACUCUAAGACAAGACUAGUCAUCACAAACACUGGAAAAGUUUCAGUAAACUCUAUGGACAUUUAUUUACCAUAUGAUAAUGGAAACCUGACUGUUUCUGAGCCUACUUCAUAUUAC